AUUUGUAUAUUUCCUUGUAAUCUGUACAGAUUUGAAUAAUUAGGUACAAUCCCAUAAAUCAAGGGAUUCUAGAAUAAAAUAGAGUUAUUAUAUUUCCUAAAAUAGCAUAGGUCUCCUGUAUAUAUCUUGUAUGAUCUCUUUGUAUUAUGAAAUAGAAAAUCAGUUUUCAUUUAACCUAAUUUUCCAGAUGGUAUCAGGGCUUCUGACCUAGGAAGCUUUGUCUGCGCACUGUAAACCCUAAAUUGGCAGCCUGCAUUGCUGCUGCAUUUUUUCCCUAACCCGAAGACGGCAGCCUGCAUUGCUGCUGCAUUUUUUCUAACCCUAAGACGGCAGCCUGCAUUGCUGCUGCAUCUUUCCCUGCUAUUUUCUCUGUGCCUUAAUCGCACAACCUUUCCUUUUAUUCUUCACCACUCAGCCACCUUGCUAUAAUGUCAGGGGAAAAGGAGGUUGUGAACCCAACCCCAGAAACAGGGAAUACCCAAUCCCAGCAACCUGGAGAACUGCAGAAUAUUCAUUCUGCAUAUAGACUAAAUGAAAGAAAUUAUUUGAAGUGGGCCCAACUUGUUCGUACAGUGUUGAAGGGAAAAGGGAAGUUGAGUCACCUGACGGAGUAUGGACCUAAACAGGAGGAUCCCAAGUUUACUACAUGGGAUGAGGAAGAUUCAAUGAUCAUGGCGUGGCUGUGGAAUUCAAUGAUUCCAGAAAUUAGUGACACCUGCAUGUUCCUUAACUCAGCAAAAGAGAUUUGGGAUGCAGUAGAACAAACCUACUCUAAAGCCAAAGAUGCUGCUCAAGUAUAUGAAGUAAAGGUGAAAACUUUGGCAGCAAAACAAGGGAACAAGACUGUUACAGAAUAUGCCAAUCAGCUGAAAUCAUUAUGGAUGGAGCUAGACCAUUAUAGAGUCAUAAAAGCCAAAUGUACUGAAGAUUCAGCACUUCUCAAGGACUAUAUCGAGCAAGACAGAGUUUAUGAUUUCCUUGUUGGUUUGAAUCCUGAAUUUGAUCAAGUAAGGAUUCAAAUAUUGGGGAAGCAAAAGGUACCAUGCUUCAAUGAAGUGGUGGCUAUUGUGAGAAGUGAAGAAAGUAGAAGGAGUCUCAUGUUAGAGAGUCCAGCAGUAGAGAACUCAGCAAUGGUGGCUGACCAUAAAGGAGAUCACACUUUGGCCAUGAUAGCCGAAUAGAAGAAAGGAGGAUCAACAAAUGUGGACAAGAAAGAUGAUGGUCUAUGGUGUACCUACUGCAAUAAGCCCCGUCAUACUCGAGAGAAGUGCUGGAAGUUGCACGGGAAGCCUUUAAAUCGAGACCGAGAAGGGGGAUAUAGAGGAGGCUCCUCAAGGAAAGGAGGACAAGUUUAUGUUGCUGCUGGAACAAAUGAAGAAAAAAAACUAGAAGCUACUGCCCAUCUUAACCAAGAGGAGAUAGAGAGGAUGAGAGCCCUCCUUAGUAAGCUGGAAAAACAAACAGGUGUGUGUUCUUUGGCAUACUCAGGACAAGGAUUCGGGGAGGACGAUUGGACAUGCUAGAGAAUGGAAUG